AUGGCAAAAACUGUAUUGGUCCUCGGUGCCACUGGAACACAGGGCGGAUCUAUUGCAAACUUAUUGGUUAAUUACCCAGACCAGUACCUGGUACGAUGCCUUACUCGGAAUCCUAGUUCGGGUAAGGCAAAGGCACUUGCUGCAAAGGGAGCCCAACUAGUGAAGGCUGAUUUGACCGUUCCCUCGACCUUGCCAGAGGCAUUCAAGGGUGUUUGGGGUGUCUUUGCAGUCACUGACUUCUACGAUACGUCUGUUCUCGAUGACCCCAUGAGUGAGGAAAAGCAAGGCCAGCAUAUUGUCGAGGCUUCAGUAGCUGCGGGGGUUGAGUGUUUCUUGUGGAGUACUUUGCCAAGCUCCCGAGAGAUCUCUGGUGGGAAGUUUGUCACCAGACUUUAUGAAGGAAAGCAGUCGGUCGAUGCUGUCAUUCGUGAAGCUGGCCUUAAGGGAGCUUUCAUUCGCACUGGAAACUUUUAUGAGAAUAUGAUCUCACGAAAGUAUGCUGCGUAUGACAAGGACGCUGAUGUCAUCACCAUGACACGACCCAUUAUCGGGCCUGACGCUGAAUUGACUUCUCUCUACGUCGAGAAGGAUCUCGCGGCCGUUGCCAAAGCCCUGUUCGACCAGUGGGAAGACAAGAAGGACAGGCUUGAUGGGAAAUACUUUCUCGCCAGCGGAGCCCGUGAGACAAUGGGAGAUAUCAAUGCCAUUCUCGAAAGAGUCUCCGGCAAAAAGGUCAUCUACAAAGUGAAACCAACGUGUGGGAUCCCAGAUCGCGACAUCAUGCUACAGCUUUACAACAACGUGGGAAUGUACCCUGGUGUCAAAAUUCCGACUCCUGAGGUGGCACUACUGGGUGUAAAGCUUCAUGGUGCUGAGGACUUUAUUAGGGAGAGGUUGCUUCCACAUCUUGGUCUGGAUGCGCAGAGCUAG